CCCUCUGCCACCAUGAUGAGGUCGGCUCAAUUCCUUCUCGCCUGAUCACCUCGUCUCGCAUUCAUCGCUGAGCUUGUCAUCAGCCCUGUUUGCGUGCCUGGACAGGGCCUACCUGUCACUGUCCUCUCCCUUGGACUUUCACCACGGGGCCCUCGAGAGAUCGCGAUCGACCUCGACAGCAUCAUCUACACGUUCCACGCUGUCCUCGACUAGUCGGCCCAAUGCUGCCAACAUACUCGACAUCCGGCUCCAAGGUGGUGCCAAGGCAUCACGCUGGCGGGUUUGCAAAUGGCUACCCUAGAAAGAAGGACCUGAACUUUGACAUAUCACCACAUCGAUUUCAACCUCGUGGUACGACACCAGCAUUUCGACGGCGCCGGCGCCUGUUCGUGAGGAUCGGCAUAGUACUAGCUGUCGCGUUUCUCUUCGGGAUAUUUGUUUGGCCAGGGGCAAGAGGAGGGUCCUUUGCGUCGCUGUUCUCCCUCGGCUUGAUAUCUACAGAGGACUUUCAGCUCGAAACCGUGCGCUACUAUGACCUGUCUAAUGUACAGGGCACCGCACGGGGCUGGGAGCGCGAGGAGCGCAUUCUCCUUUGCGUGCCCCUCCGCGAAGCCGAAGCCCACCUGCCGAUGUUCUUUUCGCACCUUAACAAUUUCACCUACCCGCACCACCUGAUAGACCUUGCAUUUCUAGUCUCCGACUCGAAGGACCGAACACUGGAGGUAUUAACGGACGGACUGGAGGCCCUGCAGGCGUCAGAAAACUACAAUAUGCAUUAUGGAGAGAUAUCCAUCAUUGAGAAGGACUUUGGGCAGAAGGUCGAACAAGAUGCGGAGAGUCGGCACGGGUUUGCUGCGCAGGCGAGCAGGAGAAAGCUGAUGGCCCAGGCCAGGAACUGGCUCCUGACCGCUGCGCUUCGCCCCUAUCACUCGUGGGUCUAUUGGAGGGACGUCGACGUGGAGACUGCCCCAUUCACCAUUCUGGAGGACCUGAUGCGGCAUAACAAGGACGUCAUAGUACCAAAUGUAUGGCGACCUCUCCCGGACUGGCUUGGCGGAGAACAGCCAUAUGAUCUCAAUUCCUGGCAAGAGUCAGAGACUGCCCUGGCACUGGCCGAUACCCUGGACGAGGACGCCGUGAUUGUCGAAGGAUACGCAGAAUACGCAACAUGGAGACCGCACUUGGCUUACCUACGAGACCCUUAUGGCGAUCCAGACAUGGAAAUGGAGAUUGACGGCGUCGGCGGUGUCAGUAUCUUGGCCAAGGCCCGCGUAUUCCGAUAUGGCGUACACUUCCCAGCCUUCAGCUUUGAGAAACAUGCGGAGACGGAAGGAUUUGGAAAGAUGGCUAGGAAAAUGGAUUUCUCAGUCGUUGGUCUACCUCACUACACCAUAUGGCAUCUCUAUGAGCCGAGUGUGGACGACAUCAAACACAUGGAGGAGAUGGAGCAAGAGAAGCUCGCCCAUGAGGCAGAAGAACAGGAGAAGGCUGAGAAAGAGAAGAAGCUGAAAGAAGGGUACAGCUUUGACGACGCGAGCCAACAGUGGGAGAAGGACAAAGAUGCCGUGUCGAACAUGGCCAACACCAAGGCAGGGAGGGAAAAUCCUGGAUCUGACACCGCGCAGAAGCCUGAGAAGUCCGGCCAGGCAGAACCCGCAAGAAGCGAGGAUGAUCUGAGAAGGAAGCAGCCAUAGACGUUCAGGAUACAUUGCCAGGUCUGCUGGUCCGCUAGCAGUGGGCUCGGAUGCGAAGCCUCAGUCCCCUUAGAUCAUUGCUUACGACUUACAUUUUUUUUCUUCUCUCUCUUUCUUUCCUGAACAGCAUAUAUUCUGGUCGAGGAGUGAAGAAGGUGGACAAGGGAGACAUCUCUGCACACGCACGAUCCAUGGCGUUCGAGGAGACUGAUGGCUUUGGAAGACAAAACGGACGAACAAACAUCAACUUUACAUGCUGUACAGGAUUAUGAAUACGGCCGAUGAACACCAUGGCUC